GUUUAGCAAUGCAAUAGCCUGACUUCACUCUCUAAACAGACUGCAGCAAGCCAACCAGGACUCAAAGCAGCUGGAACCAGCAAUGAGGGGCCUGGCAGGGUUCCUGCUGUGCUCGUGGCUGCUGCUAGCCCCCAACUCCAUAAGGGUGGCUGCCCAGGAGACCCCCCAGCCUGACCCCAAAAUGCCAUGUGCCAACUGGAUGGGAGGAGCACCCGGCUACCCUGGCCACAACGGUGCCCCCGGCCGGGAUGGGAAGGAUGGAAGAGAUGGACUCAAGGGAGAUAAAGGAGAUGAAGGUCCUGCAGGUCCCAAAGGUGAACCAGGCCCAGUAGGGAGCCGAGGCUUUCCCGGACCCCCUGGAUCUCCUGGAAUUCCUGGAAUCCCAGGGCAGAAGGGCAAAGAUGCUUUUGUGCAGCGCUCUGCCUUCAGCGUGGGGCUGACGGAGCACAGCCCGGCCCCCAACGUCCCCAUCCGCUUCAGCAAGAUCUUCUACAACGAGCAGGGCCACUACGACCCCAGCACGGGCAAGUUCCUCUGCAACGUGCCUGGCACCUACUUCUUCUCCUACCACCUCACCGUGUACCUGUCAGACGUCAAGGUCAGCCUCUACAGGAAGGACAAGGCCGUCAUCUUCACCUACGACCAGUUCCAGAACAACAACGUGGACCAAGCCAGCGGCUCCGUGCUGCUGCACCUCAGCUCUGGGGACGAGGUGUGGCUCCAGGUGUAUGGGAACGGGGACAAGAAUGGGGUCUAUGCUGACAACCUCAAUGAUUCCACCUUCAUGGGCUUCCUCCUGUACCCCGACCCAGAUACCUACUAA